AAACUUAGCUGUCACAAUACAAUCAAAACCGUCAAUCAGCGUGAUCAUACACUGACUUUGAUUAUUUUGCUUCUAUUUCAAUGUCUCCUAAACCCACGUUAUUGUGUGCUGGUAUAAAGAGACAUCAUGUAUGAUGUUGCCUGGAUCACAUUGCUGCUCGCACUAACAAUUGGGCAAAUCAGCCAUACACAAGCAGCAGGGCUUGCAGAAUGUCCUGGAAUCACCCUAAAGAGAAUGGGCUGCUUCAAAGACAAGAAACAACCACGAGCACUUCCCAAGAUGUUGCUCACGGAUCGGGACCCAACAGACAAGGUGUCCAGUGGUAUCACAAUCGAUUGGAAGAACUGGGACGACUAUCUAAAGGGUUUUAUUUGUAGAUGUGCGAAGUCGGCCAUCUCAGAGGGUUAUAACUUCAUGGGUCUGCAGUUCUACGGUGAAUGCUGGUCGGGACCAAACCCUGCACAGUAUAAACGACACGGCGCAUCAUCUGACUGCAUCACGUAUGCGUAUAAACCUUGCACAGGUGGUGACUGCAUCGGCAAAAAGAGCACGAACUAUGUAUACGGCGUACAAGCAAGAGGUUCUUCACCAACGAAUAAGCCCACUGAAACAGAGACUUUACCCACAACACUUCCUACAACCCCUACCCCCACAAAACGCCCCAGUCCCUCUCCCACGGGAACUGGUACUCCAACAAGGAAACCUGAGCCUACUCUUAGCCCAACCAGAAUGCUCAGCGGUCUGCUGUGUCAAUCGUUUGUUGUAAGUCUGUGUACUCGACAAGACACUUCAGGAAUGGAGCAGCCUUGUGACCUAUGUGGACUGAUAAGGAAUAUUUACACAGGGUACCCGUGCUUUAGGAGUGUCGAAAUAAUUGGGACCAGAUUGACUCCAACUCAUACAAUCACCAACAUGUUAGUCCAGUUCUCCUGUGUUGGCCGUCAUCUUCAGGUCCUUGAAAGAGUGCUUCGGGAUAAAAACGUCCAAGCGAGCUGCUUCAAUUGUCCUCCAAAGAUAAAUGUCGUUCUAGCUACCCCAUCACCUUGCCAACAGCCUCUGUUUUCAUGUCCGAUGUCCUGUCAAUCACCUAUGCAAGCUCCUCCUAUUCCACCGAUGCCCUUGAUGUCUACUUGUCAUUUGAUGCCCUGGAUACCGGGUACUGGCGCCAUGGUAACGGGUACUGGCGCCAUGGUAACGGGAGGUGUUGCUCCUGGGGUUUGUCCCCAGCCCGGGUGUCCGGCAAUAUGCACACCAAGAUGCAAAAAGUCCUGUUGUAGUUCGCGGUCUUAGAGACCGUACAAAGGUGUCAGGUAACUCGCGGUCAACGAGAAUACAAAAUUCUUUUCACUGAGUCUCUCGAUGUUUUCAAAAUCAUCUCUGGGACUGAUAACGCUUUUUUUUAGAUCAUACAAUUAGUUGUUUUGGUCUUUUUUUAAUAAUGACAAAUGUACCAUCAAACUUUAAACUAUCAUUUUUUUUUAACAAACGGCAAAAAAUUCAAAAUACUAUUGUUUUGAAUUACAAGAGGGUUUCGGUACAGGCCCAUAUUUCUGUACUUUUGUAUUGGUAGCAUUGAAUUAGGAUAAACUAAUGGGUAUAUUGAA